GGCUGCCGGCACUUCCGAGCUCAGGGGUUUGCGGCCUUCGUCUGACCAGUUCCAGCCGCGCACUACCUGAGACAGCGAGGCGCAGCGAGGCAGCGAGCCGCUCUGGGCAGUGUGGUCAUGGAGAAUCAAGUGCUGACGCCUCACGUCUAUUGGGCUCAGCGGCACCGCGAGCUGUAUCUGCGCGUGGAGCUGAGUGAUGUGCAGAAUCCUGCCAUCAGCAUCACUGAAAAUGUGCUACAUUUCAAAGCUCAGGGGCAUGGUGCCAAAGGAGACAAUGUUUAUGAAUUUCACCUGGAGUUCUUAGACCUUGUGAAGCCAGAGCCGGUUUACAAACUGACCCAGAGGCAGGUAAACAUCACUGUACAGAAGAAGGUGAGUCAAUGGUGGGAGAGACUCACCAAGCAGGAGAAGCGCCCGCUGUUUUUGGCCCCUGACUUUGAUCGUUGGCUGGACGAGUCUGAUGCUGAAAUGGAGCUCAGAGCCAAGGAAGAAGAACGCUUAAAUAAACUCAGACUUGAAAGCCAAGGCUCCCCUGAAACUCUUACAAGCUUGAAGAAAGGAUACCUGUUCAUGUAUAAUCUAGUGCAGUUCUUGGGAUUCUCCUGGAUAUUUGUCAACAUGACCGUGAGAUUCUUUAUCUUGGGAAAAGAGUCCUUCUAUGACACGUUCCACACUGUGGCUGACAUGAUGUAUUUUUGCCAGAUGCUGGCAGCCGUGGAAUCUAUCAAUGCAGCAAUUGGAGUCACUAAGACACCAGUGAUACCUUCUCUUUUCCAGCUUCUUGGAAGAAACUUCAUUUUGUUUAUCAUCUUUGGUACCGUGGAAGAAAUGCAAAGCAAAGCUGUGGUUUUCUUUGUGUUUUAUAUAUGGAGCACAGUUGAAAUUUUCAGGUACCCCUUCUACAUGCUCUCCUGCAUUGACAUGGAUUGGAAGGUGCUCACAUGGCUUCGUUACACUGUGUGGAUUCCCCUAUAUCCUAUGGGAUGUUUGGCAGAAGCUGUCUCAGUGAUUCAGUCCAUUCCAAUAUUUAAUGAAACAGGAAGAUUCAGCUUCACAUUGCCAUAUCCAGUGAAAAUCAAAGUUCGAUUUUCCUUUUUUCUUCAGAUUUACCUUAUAUUACUAUUUUUAGGGUUAUAUGUAAAUUUCCGUCAUCUUUAUAAACAGCGCAGGCGGCGCUUUGGACAAAAAAAGAAAAAGAUCCACUAAACGGAAGAGAUUUAGAUGACUUCUUGCCAGUUUGAGCCUAAUCUAUAGUUCUUACAGUUUCACCUUCUUGUACUGAUGUAAAAGUUUUUUUAAAGUUAAAUGAUUAAAUUCUCAGUGGCGCUAUCUUUUUUUCCCCAGUAACAUUCCUGAUUACUGUAUUACCUUAGUGUAGUCCUUGCAUGACAUGGAUUCCUGACACCCGAUGACAGGUUCAUUCUUGCGUAUUCUGUUAGUGACAGCAAAAGACUCAGCCAUGCCCCCACCCACCCCAUCUCCAGUCAGUCUGCUUCACAGGCCCCAGAUACUUCUUCAGUGCCCCGAGGCUACCAGCUACUGGCCGUGUGCAUAGCUGAGGUGUGUUCUUUGCAGCUAUUGCUUGUGGGGAAAAAAAACCCCAAAGGACUACGUAGCUGUAUAGGAGGCUCCAGAAGUGACUCAGAAAAAGACCUCAUAUAUUCUGUACCCAAGGGGCUGCUUGUUAAGUGGGUUGGCAUUGAUUUUUUUGGGGGGGGAAAUUAAGUUUGACUCAGUUACUGAUAAAAACAUUUCUGAGUCCAGGUAGGGCUGGAGGACACAUAUUACCUGUGAAACUUUUGGUCUCUCUAGCAACAUCUUAACCUGCAUGGGCACUGGAGAGCCACAGGGUGAUUUGAGAGAAACCAGUCAGAACCUUGGAACACCAUGAUCACUUACUUCAUUCGUAGCUAAAUCACAGCUGUUUUCAACAUGAAAGAAAGACGAAAACCUUAGUUAGGAAACAGUGAAACUGUAAGAGUUCCAAACCCAGAUGGCACUACAGGGAUCAAAAAGGUCAGUCUGGCGAUGCAGCCUGUGGCACGCUGGAGACUUCAGAGCAGACCACACUAAAAGUAACUAAGAACUGUCUUAGGCUGUGCACAAACAGACACUCAGCCUUCCUUCCCCUGCACUGACUGAGUUCAUGUACUUGUGUACCUGUCAGAGUCAGCUGGUGAGACUGUCUGUUUUUGAACAUGCCUCAAAAACACCAGGUUUUUAUUUUGCUGUUGUUUCACCUGUUUGCAGUAGGCCAGUGAAAACAGUGAGCACUCUGGCUGAAGAACCACCCUCUGAGCCUUAACGAAGAUUCCUUACAGGAAGUCCAGCAACAGGAGGAAAACCUUAAGAUAUGACCAUCAUCAAAAACAUCAGUUUUCCCUAGUACAUUCCAAGUAAACCAAGUAAAAUAAGUAAUGUUUGUCUAUAAGAAUUUAAGGCAUGAUAGCUCUUUCUGUUCUGCCAUUCCCACUGUUCCGGGGGAAGGGGGACUUGGAUCAUGCUGUUUCUCUGAGCCCAAGAUGGAAACUUGGUUUGACCUAAAGACAUCUGGUUCGUAUAGGCCUAUACGAACCAGAUGUCAAGUUCACUGCACUGAAGGAUAUUUUGCAUGUCUGCAACUUCUGUCAACAUUUGUUUGUAUUAAUUUCUGGUGUCUUCUCAACUGACUUUCGUAAUUGGGCAGAUGAGCUUUACAGUAGAUUAUGCUGUAAAGAAUCUUGUAUUCUUAGUGAUUGUUACAAACCUUACUGCUGUCUGAAAAAGCUAAAGAUUGUGUAUUUCUAUUAAAACAUUUACAAUCAAAAUCCUAGUAACUUGGGUUUAAAGAUCAUUUACUCUAAUGGUUUCUAAAUUAUUAGUGAUAAAUUCUUUUGUUUAGACAAAAUAUUAUAUAGGCAUACCUUGAUUUAUUACACGUCACAGAU